CCCGUUAAACCAACGAACUUUGAAAUUUUUGAGAAGUGAGAUGAAAUGAGACCAACAACGGUCACCAAAAACCAUCCCAACAACAAAGCAGAUGGAGCUGCCUCUCUGCUAAAAGCUUGCACAUCGCUUCGCCACCUUAAGCAAAUCCACGCACAUAUCGUCCGGUCCAUUCUCCAUCGAAACGCCUCCUUAGCCUCCACUCUUAUCUCUCUCUAUGCCUCUCUCUCCUCUUCGCCUCGAUAUACCCACCUCGUCUUUACCUCUUUCGUGAACCCAAAUCUCUCUCUCUUCAACCACGCCAUUAGAGCUUUCUCUAAGACCUCUUCGCUCUGUGCCGAAGCGAGAAGUUUGUAUUCUCAGAUGAUUUGCCUUGGAAUAAGACCCGAUAACUAUACGUACCCUUUUGUGCUUAACUCGUGUGCCGCAUUAAAUGAUCUUUGUGCUGGGAUUGAGGUCCAUGGACGCGUUGUUAAAAUGGGUUUUGGCUUUUGUGUUCCUGUUUCAAAUGCUUUGAUUGAUAUGUAUGGAAAAUGUGGGGAAUUGGAGAGGGCUCGGAUGGUGUUCGAUGAAAUGUCUGAGAGAGAUGUUGUUUCUUACAAUGCCCUUUUAGGGGCUCAUGCAAGAGGUGGGGUGGAUAUGGAGUAUGCCUCGGUUUUGUUUGAGGGAAUGCUGGGAAAAAAUGUUAUAUCUUGGAACGCGAUGAUUGUGGGUUAUGUAAAUAGUGGGGAUCUGGUUUCAGCGAGGGCUGUGUUUGAUAGGAUGCCCGAGAUGAAUGUUGUUUCUUGGACUACGAUGUUGGUGGGGUAUACUAAAAGUGGGCUUAUUGAUCAAGCAAGGGGCCUCUUUGAUGAAAUGCCUGAACGAAGUUUGAUUUGUUGGACGGCCCUGAUUUCAGGGUAUUCACAAAAUGGGAGACCAAGUGAAGCGCUUUCACUUUUCCGGAGAAUGGAAAAGGCACCGGUAAAGCCAGAUGCUUUCACCAUGACAGCUGUGAUUUCUGCAUUGGCACAAUUGGGCCGUGCUGAUCUUGCAAAUUGGAUUGGGUCAUAUGUGGAUCGAGAAGGUAUAGAACAGAAUGAACAAGUGCUCACUGCACUAGUUGACAUGCAUGCCAAGUGUGGGAAUAUGGAAGAGGCAUGUGGUAUAUUUGAGAAGAUACCCUGGAAGGAUGUUUUCUCUUAUAGUGCAUUAAUUACAGGCCUUGCUUCUCAUGGUCAUGGGGUUAAAGCGCUUGAGAUCUUCCGGAGAAUGCUAGCAGAAAAUAUUGAACCCGAUGGCAUCACAUUUGUUGGGGUAUUCACUGCCUGCUGCCAUGCAGGACUCGUUGAAGAUGGAAUGAAGUACUGGGAAAGCAUGGUUAAAGUUUACAAUAUUGAGCCUGAUGCUGAUCACUACACAUGUGUGGUCGAUAUGCUGGGACGUGCUGGGAAACUCAAUGAGGCCUACAAUUUGGUAAAAAGCAUGCCUAUGGGACCACAGCCUGGAGCAUUAGGAGCUCUGCUUGCUGCAUGUAGAACUUAUGGAAAUGUCAAGAUUGCAGAAAGUGUUGCCGAGAAACUCUUCGUGUUAGAACCUGGGAAUACUGGAAAUUAUAUGCUACUUUCAAGUAUCUAUGCAUCGACAGAACAAUGGGAUGAAGCCAGAAAGGUGCGGGAAGCAAUGAACGAGAGAAGUGCAACUAAGCUUCCUGGGUGCAGUUGGGUUGAAAUUAGCAAAGUUCAUGCAACACAAAUGAAGAACCAAAUGUAAACGGAAUUCCAUGGUUGAAUUCUGCCAUGCUGUUCUCAUUGAAUUGAAUUAUAAUGCACACUUUCUGUUGCUAGUGCAAGACUGGAUUUAAGUUGUUGAUACAAUGAGGUUAUGUAGGUUUCAUUCUUAUAACUUGGUCAGUAUGUGGUCUGAGAUGGUUGUGAAUUCCUAGCCCCAAGAUGAACAGAAGUGUUUAAAGGGAAUGCAACAAUAACUAAACAUCGUGCUGCCAGUUACAGACAAUUCAGUGCCGGAACUCCUCGCUAUUCAACAAAAUCCUGGCAGACUUUGUUCUCCUCAGUCAUGCUUAAGCUUACAUUCAUCAAGGCAUUAAAUCCUCUUGAUACUUGUAUGCUUACAGGUAGUAAGGGAGAGCAGAUACCCUGACUGGUGAGCACCCUAUGUUGUCUCCUUGCCCCCUUACCCCAGGAUAGGCCCUGCUUACACAUAGUAA